CGCCGGGGGCGGGGCGGGCCGCGGAGGGGGCGGGGCCUCCACCACCACCUCUGCUGCGGACCGAGGCGAGAUGGCGGCCACUGAGGGGGUCGGGGAAUCUGCGCCAGGGGGUGAGCCGGGACAGCCAGAGCAGCCGCCGCCCCCGCCUCCCCCGCCGCCAGCACAGCAGCCGCAGGAAGAAGAGAUGGCGGCCGAGGCCGGGGAAGCGGCGGCGUCCCCUAUGGACGACGGGUUCCUGAGCCUGGACUCGCCCACCUAUGUCUUGUACAGGGACAGGGCAGAAUGGGCUGAUAUAGACCCAGUGCCCCAGAAUGACGGCCCCAAUCCAGUGGUCCAGAUCAUCUACAGUGAAAAGUUUAGAGAUGUGUAUGAUUACUUCCGAGCUGUUCUGCAGCGUGAUGAAAGAAGUGAGCGAGCCUUCAAGCUCACCCGAGAUGCUAUCGAGCUAAACGCAGCCAACUAUACAGUGUGGCAUUUUCGGAGAGUUCUCUUAAGGUCGCUUCAGAAGGAUCUACAAGAGGAAAUGAACUACAUCACUGCAAUAAUUGAGGAACAGCCCAAAAACUAUCAAGUUUGGCACCAUAGGAGAGUAUUAGUAGAAUGGCUGAAAGAUCCUUCUCAAGAGCUUGAGUUCAUUGCCGAUAUUCUUAAUCAGGAUGCAAAGAAUUAUCAUGCCUGGCAGCAUCGACAGUGGGUCAUUCAGGAGUUUCGACUUUGGGAUAAUGAGCUGCAGUAUGUAGACCAACUUCUCAAAGAGGAUGUGAGAAAUAACUCUGUGUGGAACCAAAGACACUUCGUCAUUUCUAAUACUACUGGCUACAGUGACCGUGCUGUGUUAGAGAGAGAAGUUCAGUACACUCUGGAAAUGAUCAAAUUAGUGCCACAUAAUGAGAGUGCGUGGAACUAUCUGAAAGGGAUUUUGCAGGAUCGUGGUCUUUCCAGAUACCCUAAUCUAUUAAAUCAGUUGCUUGAUUUACAACCCAGUCACAGUUCCCCCUACCUGAUUGCCUUUCUUGUGGAUAUCUAUGAAGACAUGCUAGAAAACCAGUGUGACAACAAGGAGGACAUUCUUAAUAAAGCACUAGAGUUAUGUGAGAUUCUAGCUAAAGAAAAGGACACUAUAAGAAAGGAAUAUUGGAGAUAUAUUGGACGGUCCCUUCAGAGUAAACACAGCAGAGAAAGUGACAUACCAGCUAGUGUAUAGCAGCGAGAGCAUCCAGAAGAAGUGGACGAUGCUUUCUAAGGCCUGUUACGCAGGAGUGUAGAGCGGUCGGUCAUCUCUUGCCUGUGCGCUAAAGUUGUCCAGGUGCUGCUUUUAACAAAAACUGAGUGUGACUCCUGUGUGCUGACGCGUUCAGACUAGCUCUGAGAAUCGAUUCUCUAAAGCAAUGUCAUGGGAGGGGAGGGUGAAGAAUUUCCCAUAAAGGAACUACUGCUUUUGUAGUCUUCCCACAUUUAAUCCAAUCCUGUAGAGUCAGCUCCUCCUGAAAGGUGUGUGUGUGUGUGUGUGUGGAAGGCUGUGUGCCGGCAGUGACUACAGGGGAACUGUUAGUGAUUGGCAGUGGCCUGAGUCAGUGCGCUACACAGGGACUGCACCUGUUGAUUAGAGCUGCUGGGCCACGCUCACAGGAUCUUGCUAUCACUGUAACCAACUAAUGCCAAAAGAAAGGUUUUAUAAUAAAGUCACAUUAUCUAUAAACAAUA